UGGAAAAAGAAGAGUUGGCGGCGGCGGUGGCGGCGCUGGGAGCCCGGCUGGGAUGGAGGACCAGCCGCCGCCACCACCACCACCAGCAGCAGGAGCAGCACAGGAGUCGUUGGGGCGUCGCCUCCCGCGACUCCCACAGCCGCUGCUGUUUGACAGAGGAGCCCCACCGGCCAGUCAUGUUUAAGGAUAAGUGGUGGAGUAGAUAAGCAUGAGACCACCGUGGCACAGCUGCAUGUGUAUUCACUCUUGAAGCAAUUGCACACUUUAUUGGCUGACAAUCUUGGCAUUUUUCAGCAAAAACAAAAUUUAAGGGCACAGUACAUCUGUGUCUGACUUGUCAAAUAAACUUGCUUGGUGUCAUCUGAUGGAGCCUUCUGGUAAUGAACAACUCUAUGAUGAUCCUGACUUUGGAGGAAAGUCUCAAGAUCCAGAGACCAAAAGGCAGCAUGAAUCGGAGCAAAAGCUAUCAAAAAUUACCCACAAUGCCUUGGAGAAUAUUAAUGUGAUUGGUCAAGGGUUGAAGCAUCUCUUCCAGCAUCAACGUAGGAGGUCCUCAGUGUCUCCCCAUGAUGUUCAGCAAGCUCAGGUUGAUUUGGAGCUUGAAACGGAAUUGGAAAAUCAAAGCACAUGUGCUGAAAUUGAUGGUGUCUCUACCCACCCCACAGCUCUGAACAGAGUUCUCCAGCAAAUCAGAGUGCCACCUAAAAUGAAGAGAGGAACAAGCUUGCAUAGCAGACGGGGCAAGGCAGAGCCUCCAAAGGGAAGCCCCCAAAUCAACAGGAAGUCUCUCCAGGAUAUUCAUUCAGGCCGGCCCAGAUCUUCAUCAACUACUGAUGCCCCUACUAAUAUGUCUGUGCUGGAGAUGGCCUCUCCUAUCUGUCUAGCUGGUGAAGAGGUUGCAUCAGCAGAUCGGAUCGAGCGAUUAGAUGUAAGCAGUCUAGCACAAACAUCCAGUGCAGUGGCCUCAAGCACAGAGUGCAGCAUCAACGCAGAUUCCAUUGAUGGAACGCCAGAUCCUCAGCGCACAAAAGUGGCCAUCACCCACCUUCAGCAAAAAAUACUGAAGCUGACUGAGCAGAUCAAAAUAGAGCAAACAGCUCGGGAUGACAAUGUGGCAGAAUACCUAAAACUGGCCAAUAAUGCAGACAAGCAGCAGAGUGCCCGCAUCAAGCAGGUAUUUGAAAAGAAGAACCAGAAGUCAGCCCAGACAAUCCUCCAGUUGCAGAAGAAGCUAGAGCACUACCAUCGGAAGCUGCGAGAGAUCGAGCAGAAUGGUAUCCCUCGACAGCCCAAAGAUGUAUUGAGGGAUAUGCACCAGGGGCUGAAAGAUGUGGGAGCAAAGGUCACUGGCUUCAGCGAAGGAGUGGUAGACAGUGUUAAAGGUGGACUUUCCAGUUUCUCCCAAGCAACCCAUUCGGCAGCAGGAGCUGUCGUCUCCAAACCCCGGGAGAUUGCCUCACUCAUUAGGAACAGGUUUGGGAGUGCAGACAAUAUUGCUAAUCUGAAGGACUCCUUGGAAGAAGGUCAAGAAGAUGGGACUGGGGGGAAAACUCUAGGUGUUCAUAAUUUUCAGUCAAGCCCAAAAUAUGGCAGCGAGGACGAUUGCUCCAGUGCCACAUCAGGCUCUGUGGGGGCCAACAGCACCACAGGGAUCCCUGUGGGAGCACCAAGCUCCAAAACGAACACUCUGGAUAUGCAGAGCUCAGGGUUUGAUGCAAUACUGCAUGAGAUUCAAGAAAUCAGAGAGAUGCAAGGACGACUGGAGGAAUCUUUUGAGAACCUUAAGGUUCACUAUCAGAGGGAUUAUUCCUUGAUAAUGCAGGCUCUGCAGGAAGAAAGAUACCGAUGUGAACGGCUAGAAGAGCAGCUGAAUGACCUGACUGAGCUCCACCAGAACGAGAUCCUUAAUUUAAAGCAGGAAUUGGCCAGCAUGGAGGAAAAAAUAGCUUAUCAGUCUUAUGAACGAGCCAGAGACAUCCAGGAGGCAUUGGAGGCGUGUCAAACCAGAAUCUCAAAGAUGGAACUGCAGCAGCAACAUCAGCAAGUUGUCCAGUUGGAAGGUCUUGAAAAUGCCACUGCCAGAAACCUCCUGGGCAAACUAAUUAACAUCCUCUUGGCUGUCAUGGCCGUUCUGUUGGUCUUUGUCUCCACCGUGGCCAACUGUGUUGUCCCCCUCAUGAAAACUCGCAGCAGGACGUUCAGCACUUUAUUUAUAGUGGUCUUCGUUGCCUUUUUGUGGAAGCACUGGGACGCCAUCACUGGCUACUUGGAACGGUUCUUUUCGCCCCCUAGAUGAUGUCGAGAAGAGCUGGCUGUUGCCCUACCCACUCCGGUUUGCUCUGGCAAGUGAGCAUGGCAAAGCUUAAUCAGCCACUCCUUCCUCUGCUGAAGUUUUAAAGUGUCAGAGUGUGAAUUUGUUUACAGUUUAAAUAACAUUUUCUCUCUAUGAGACACAUUGGCAAUAGUAUUUUUUAGAUUUUAUUCAAGAGCUCUUUUUGGCAAAAAAAAAAAAAAAAAUCCUGGAUACUUUUUAUGUAGCAUGGUUUCUCUUUGGAUGCAAAUCUUUAAGUUUCCUUAAGUGUACAAAAAUAAAACACCAAUUUGGAGCACA